AUGCGCAGAAGAUGGGUGGCGUGGGGCUCUGCUCUGCCCGGAGCGCCAGUGGGGGCCACUGUUUGGCACGGCGAGAGCCGUGGAGCGACGCACGCCGCAUGUCACCCUCCUCCCGAUGCCCUCCCCUGCACCGCGUCCCCCGAUAUACACUUGCUUGGCUGUAAUCCUGGAACGUGCAGGGCAGGAAGGGUAGAGAGGGGAAGGUGA